GUUGAUUACCUACAUCUUCGUCUACGAAGACCUGAUAUCCCUGAUCUGUGGUGCCAUUAUCAUCUGGUACUUUGCUGGCAGCUUUGAGAAGAACGUGGGCACUGUGAAGCACUGCUUCCUCACCCUCGCCUUUGCUGUCCUCUCUGCCCUCCUCUACCUCUUACUUGAGCCCGUUGUCUCGAGGGUGUCAGAAGUGGAAGAUGCCAAAGGAUUCAUGCCAGUAGCUUUUGCUACUCUGGGUGUCUCCACCACCCGCUCACGGAUGAAGAGGACUCUUUUUUUUGGGGUUAGAGUCCCAGUGGUGCUGGUGCCCUGGUUUAUGCUCUGCAUUGCAUGGUUUAUCCCUCACUCUUCUCUCUUGAGUAACCUCUGUGGGCUUUUAGCUGGGGAAGUCUAUGGUCUUGGCUACUGUUUCUGCUUGGAUUUUCCAGAGUCGCUGGGCUCUAAGCUGGACCGGGUGUUCCCUUUCAGCCUGCUAAAGAGGAUCCCAGGGCUGAAAUACAUCCCAGGGUCCUCAGCAGAGAGAAGAGCCUUGGAAAGCAGCAAGAUUAACCCUUCACCAGGCACUUACCCCACCCAAACCUACUACUGCUCUUCGCCUCCGGCUCUUCCUGCUUUCCAGAUGCAGCAUCCCAGUGUUCAGAGCCAGGGAUUUCAACACAGCUGUGCUCCAGGAUAUG